AUGGCGGGGCAACGGAGCAACGAGAGCGGCGAGGUCUUCGACACCGACAAUUACGUGCUCAACGCUUUGUAUUAUAUCAACAAGUUGAACGAAUCGGUGAACCCGGAGGCGAUCAAGUGUUUUGAGCGUAAGCAGCAGGACGAGCUGCAGCGUCUAUCAUCAGCUGGCACGCAGCAGCAGGAUCAACAGGGAUGUGAAAUCAACUGGGACUCUUUACUCUGCUGGCCCAGAACACCACCGGCAACCCUGGUCACUCUGCCCUGUUUCGAGGAGCUGAACGGAAUCCGCUACGACAGCAGCCGUGAGUAACAAAUUGUUUGAUAUUUCAUGCACUGUGUGAAUAAUAUAAUCUCACAUGAUGAUGAUGAUUUCGUUCGUCGACCGUAUGAUUAAUGACUGUUCGAGGUUUACGUACCAAUACACUUUCACGGGAUUGGAUUUCGUACAUUUGGCCGUGCAGUUUAUUUGGUCAUUUGUGUCAUUUUAGUGGGCUUUUGUCCAUCUUUUGGAUUUUAAUGUAACUCGACGCCUGCUUCUGCUUGUUUGCUGAACAUUGUAAUUUUCAUAAGUUUGACAAUGAGUUUACAAUGAAGGUGCUUUGUGCUCUUCAACAGCGACAGAUUCAACUUUAUCAAAUAAUAAUAGUUAAUUACAUUUAUUUCACGGAUGUCUAUUUAUUUUGUACAUGGAAACUUAUAAUGAACGAAACAGACAUUUAGUUAUGUUGUUAUGAUUCUAAAUAUGUAUAAUAGGAUCGUUCAAUCGGUUAUUAAGAUAUUCGGAUAUCGACACAUUUGAUCGAGCCAUUUGUUUUAUCCGACAUGUGUUUAUUUCUCGGAUUUUGAUAUAUAACUCGACGUUUAUUUCCUAUCGGAUUAUUGCGUCCGUUUUACGAAUAUUUUGACAUAUAAUGAAAAUUUUAUUUCAUACUCUUCUGACGUGUAUUUUGUCGAUAAUAAAAAUAUUAAAAUUCAAUUUUUAAACAGUGUUAGGUUAUUUAGACGUUUAUUUCACGAACAUCAUCACAGCUGUUUUUUUCAGUAUAGAAGUUUCCAAUGAUGGACACAAAUAUUUGUAG